AUCAGAACAGAACUCAAGUUCAAUCAAACAGCAUCAGUUUACAAUCUCUGUAAUAAUCCAACAAACAACACCAUGAAAUUCGUUUUUGCCGUUUUGUUCACUUUGGCCCUUGCUUUGGGUGUCCAAUCCUCAUUCCUGCCCUGGGGAGUUCCCCAAGUUGUGGGUGGUGGUCUCUCAUACACCGCCGUAGGUGGUCCCUGGUCUCCAUGGGCUCCCUGGGGUGCCCCAUGGGCUGCUCCUAGUGUUGCUGUCGCUGCCCCUGUACUUGGAGCUGGCCCUGGCACUUAUGUUGCCAAAACCCGCGGUGCUGUCCACACUGCUCCCUUGGAUGGACAUCUUCAAUCUGUUGCCAAUGUCAAUGUGGCUCCUGCUCCUGGUACCCUUUAAACAAUCGCUGCUGCAAAACAUACCCAUCACUGCCAAUGGAAGAUACGUUUUUAAGAUUAUCUGAAUUUACAGGGAGCAUUCCAACAACAUUCAUCUUGCACUUCAUUUUUUGUAUUAUUCCUGCACAUCAAUCCUUAACUCCAAGUUCUGUUCUAUCACACGAUUGUUACUGAAUAAAGCAACUACUUUGUAAAGAGUC